AUGAAACUGUUAAUAUAUUUUUGGAUACUCAUAUUUAAUUUUCCUUUUGUAUUUCCAAUAUCUCAAAUUCAACCUUAUAUGAAAAUUAAGUGUACUGAUAAUGAGCACUGUCCAGCUGAGUGGCCAUGUUGUUCACAGUAUGGCGAAUGUGGGAAAGGGCCUGCGUGCGUUAAUGGUUGUAAUCCAAAAAACUCAUUUAGUGCUGAUAGUUGUUUGGCUAUUCCAGCAUUAAUUCCUCCAAUGGAGUUAUCAUUUGAUGCCACAGCAGGUCCAAAACCAAAUUUGGAUGAAGAUGAUUAUGAAGAUGAGUAUGAAGAUGAUGAUGAGGAUGAAGAUAAUGAAGAGAAUGAACAAAAUGAAUACAAUGAAUACGAUAAUAACGAAGAAGAUGAGGAAGGAAACGAUGAUGAAGAAGAAGAGUAUAAUCUAGAAGAAGAUCAUGAAGAAGAUAAUGAAGAAGAUGGUGAAGAAAACGAUGAGGAUAAUGAAGAUGAGGAAUAUGACGGAGACGAGGGAAACUAUGAAGAAAAUGAUGAGUAUUACGAAAUAGAUGAUGAAGAUGAUGAGGAUGAUGAGGAUGAUGAGGAUGAUGAAGAUGAUGAAGAUGAUGGCCAUUAUGCGAUAGAUGAUGAAGAUGAUGAAGAGGAGGAUUUUGAAGAAGAGAAUGAUGAAUAUGAAUAUAUAGAUCUAAAGUAUAAUAAUUCCACACAUUAUGAACAAAUAAUGCAGAAUUUUGUUGAAAACUAUUCAGGAGGGUGGGAAUUUAUUAGAGGAUUUGAAUCAGAGAGUACUAUGAGUAUUCCUGAAGAGCCAAAUUCGGAUGAUGACGAAGAUCAUUAUGAAUUAAGUAGAUGGGGUCUAAUAAGUUAUCUAAAAUAUCUAAUAGCAUCCGAUGAAGAAGAGGCAGAAGAUAUGUUAAGAGACUACAGUUUUACUCAUGGGGGUUAUACAAGCAUUGACAAUAACUCAGGGGAAAUUAUUUUAGGUAUGCCUAAGAGAACAACAGGAAGUGUUGUUUCGUCUGCUAGAUCAUUUCUUUAUGGUAGGGUUGAGGUUAAUAUGAAAACAUCGAGAGGAAAAGGUGUAGUAAGUGCUAUAGUUUUAAUGAGUUCUAUAGGUGACGAAAUAGAUUUCGAAUUUUUAGGUGGGGAAUUAAACGAAGUUCAAACAAACUAUUUCUGCGAAAGGGAAUUAAUAUAUUCUAAGAUGCAAAAGUCCCAAGUUCCAAGUAAUACGUGGGCAAAUUAUCACAAGUAUGAAAUUGAUUGGAACGAAGAACGUUUAAUUUGGCUAAUUGACGGUGUUCCAAUUCGCACACUACAUAAAGCAGAAACAUGGGACGAAGGUUUAAAGAAGUUCAAGUAUCCAAUCACACCUAUGAGAUUAGAAAUUGCACUCUGGCCAGGUGGAGGUGAAGGAAAUCAUCCUGGAACCAUUGGAUGGGCUGGAGGACCAAUUGACUGGGAAACCUCUCCAGAUAUUGUUGAAAAUGGACAAUUUAUGCUACGUGUGCACGAUAUGAAAAUAAUGCCAUAUCAUAAUGAAUACGUUGAACCAAUGAGGAAAUGUUUACAAGACGAAAAGGGACUGGGGCCAUCUCCAGUUUUAGAAGAUGACGACUUUUCUCAAUUAACAUUUGCUUAUAAAAAAGAUGGGAAUUCUCAAAACCAAUUUGCAAUUAAUUGGUCAUGUAACUAUAUUCCAUACAUAUGGGAGCCAAAAGUACAAUUUAAUCCUGUUAAGCCAAUAUAUAUGAAGAAAAAGGCUAAAUCACCUUCUAAAACAAUUUCUAAACCUACUUCUAAAACAACUUACAAGAAGAAUUCGACUGAUAUAAAGUUACUUGAUCCAGAUAUUCAUUUCGUUCCAGAUACUCGUGCCCUAAAGAAGCUAAAAAAUAAUCAAGCAACUUUUAAUAUAACCGUUGUUAACACAACGUUUCUCAAUAUGACCAUUGAAAACACUACAUUAACCAACAAAACAAUUCCUAGAACUAAUAUUACUAACCUAACAACAGAACGCACUAAAAUUCAUGAAACCCCCACCGAAUUUGUUUCAAGUGGUGUUUCUUACAUCAAAAAUAAAAAUCCAUUUACAACUUUAAAGCGUUUAAUAUUUUUUCAUUUCAGGAGAAAUAUAUUUGAUUAA